AUCGCAGAGGCAGCGCGCUGUAGGAAUCCACCACUUUUAAGAUUCCGCUACGCCCAGAGAACGGGAGCUUUAUGGACAAAACCUGUCAAGAUCCUCACUUUCCCUGAGCGGUUUAUUACCUAGAGUGGCUGUUUCUACAUAAAUUUGAAGUGAGAACGGGUAAUUGAUAACACAUCGAGGCGAGAUUUCUUCUACCCAGACGAGAAUCACACAAAGCCCCGUGCGUAAAGGCCCCCGCGCUGGAAAUCUACGAGGACGCUUUGGUUUGGCUCAAGCUAAAGCAGAAGACACGGAGCCCGGUGUCCAGUUUACCGAGCCCUCGCUUCUCGUGACGGAUAUCCGAGCUCCUUAUUACGGCGUUACGACCAAAUAGAGCCGAGGGAGGGCUGUGAUUUCCCCGCUUUGCCAUGCAGUCAGCUCGGAUCUUCGCGCAACAAUGUAUCGGCGUCUUGUCCCGGCGUUAGCUCAGCCGCUGCUUCAUGGCCAGCAGUAGCAGCAUGCUCAUGGGCUCCGCGGUGGUGGUGUGGGAAUGGCUGAACGAGCACGGACGUUGGCGGCCCUACAGCCCUGCAGUGUCCCACCAAAUUGAGGCGGCCAUAAGGAGCAGCGACCCCCGCGGAGGAAGCGUGGUCCUGGGCCAAGUGGACAGCCGCCUGGCGCCCUACAUCAUAGACCUCCAGUCCAUGCACCAGUUCAGACAGGACACAGGGACCAUCCGCCCAGUAAGGAGGAGCUUCUAUGACCCCUCCUCGGCCCCGGGGCAGGGCUGGCAGUGGGAGUGGGAGAAUGACGCAGGAUCGUGGACACCGUACGACAUGGAGGUGGCCAUUGCCAUAGAAACCGCCCAUAGCCGCCAGCAGCCCUGCCUUGACCUCACGCCCCUCGGCUUCUGCUACCUCAUCGACUACCAGAACAUGACACAGGUCAACAGACAGAGUCAAAGGUGCCGGAGGAUCCAGAGGAGAGCGGACUUGGCCUACCCUCUGGUGUCAGGGCCCCUGCCCAAAAGCGGGGGAGGGGCUGGGGGAGGCCUGACGGGAGCCCUGCUGGGAGUGGGGGUCUCUGGGGCGAGUAUGGGGGGUGGGAGCUCGGUCUAUCCCAACGGGGGAGGGCCGCCCUCGGGCCUGGGACAGCCCUGCUCCUGUCAGCAGUGCAUGCUGGUUCUGAGCGUGAAGUCCAACACAGGGGGCAUGGGGGUACAGACUCUGGGCCGCCGCUCGCUCACCAUGCAACGUCCCAAAAACACAGUGCCCCCUACAGGUCGUUCCCUGAGCCCAUCUAAGUCUGCCACUUUGGGCCGAGGGCAGCUGCAGACACAAGGGUACUAUCAGACCCUCCCACACGGUCUAGCCAUCUCUCGAAACACCGCAUCCCCUAGGACCAACGCCCAGCUAUUUGCCCAGUCUCUAGCUGUGCUCACAGCAGGCACGUCCUCUCUGGGCAUCUCGUCUUCCAAUAGGCCUCCACCCCCAUCACUCCCACCCCCUCAGCCCCCGACAGCCAAUCAAAACCCUCCAUCUCUUCCAGCCAAACUCUCCUCAUCUGCCGCCAAUGAUGUCGUGCCGACCGCCACAUUGAUCACUCCCGCCAGCAGCGUGACCACGCCCCCCUCACCUGUACCAUCGCCGUCCCCCGUCGUCAUGAAACCACAGCGAACGCCAUCGUCCGUGACAACAGCUUGCCACGCCCCUUUGCCACAGAGGUCCAGUUUAGCCGGACUCAGCCGCCCGGCGCUGCAGAGGAUCGCCAUGGCCCAGUCUAGAGCGCUCAUUGCCUCAGGUGUGCCGACCGUCCCAGUGAAAAACCUUAAUGGAUCUAGUCCUGUUCACCCCGCACUUGCCGGGAUCACUGGUAUCCUGAUGAGCGCGGCUGCCCUGCCCGUGUGUCUGACUCGCCCCCCCAAACUGGUGCUGCACCCUCCGCCCGUCUCCAAGAGCGAUAUCAAACCAGUGCCCGGCUUUGGACAUUGCUGCCGCAAGACCACCAAGAAGCAAACACGCAAAGGUAAAACUCCAGAAGAGGUGGUGAAGAAAUACCUACAGAAAGUAAAGAGCCCACCUGAAGAGGACUGUACGAUCUGUAUGGAGCCUCUGGGGGGGCCGUCAGGGUACAAAGGCCCAGGCGUGGGGCCUGUGUCCAGAGCAGAGUCUGUGGGUCGCUUGGCUCAGUGCGGACACCAGUAUCACUUUCAGUGUCUGGUGGCAAUGUAUAAUAACGGCAACAAGGACGGCAGCCUGCAGUGUCCCACCUGUAAAACCAUCUAUGGAGUGAAGACGGGGAACCAGCCUGCAGGAAAGAUGGAGUACCAUGUUAUCCCCCACUCUUUGCCCGGACACCCUGACUGCAAAACCAUACGCAUCAUCUACAACAUACCACCAGGCAUUCAGGGACCAGAGCAUCCGAACCCAGGGAAGCCUUACACUGCCAGAGGCUUCCCUAGACACUGCUACCUCCCAGACAGCGAGAAAGGACGCAAGGUGCUGAGACUGCUGUUGGUGGCAUGGGACCGGAGGCUGAUUUUCUCCGUUGGAACAUCAAGCACCACAGGAGAGUCAGACACCGUUAUCUGGAACGAGGUCCACCAUAAGACAGAAUUUGGCUCCAACUUGACGGGCCACGGUUUCCCUGAUGCGGGACAUUUGGACAACGUUUUGGAGGAGCUCAGAGCGCAAGGCAUCACAGAAGACGAUGGACUGACGGAAAAAUGAUCAAACCAGCAACAAAAUCAAGACAUCUCAAAGACAAAGGAGAGGGACUCUGUGCCAGCACUUAAAUGAACUACAAUGUGAGAUAUAGAAGACAUUGGUUUUGUUUUGCAGGGUUUAACCACUUUAAAAUCACACAGGGCAAUGGUUCUCUAAUGUUCUACAAGUAUCUCCUCAGAAAUAUUCAUCUUUAAAAAUUUGGGAUAGGGGAACUGAAUUGUGCCUGGUUUGAAUCACUACUCAAUAAGGACUAAAAUUAUGAUUAGACUUUGAAUGGCUGCACUGCAAUUUCCCUUGGGAUUAAUUAAGUAUUCAUUUAUGUAUCUAUCCAUCUAAAACUGGGUAAAACCAGGUUUAAAAACAGAUUAAAACCGGACUAAACCAAGACUCAGAUCUGACAAAGGAUAAACCAAGGGUCACACUUGAGAAAACUGGAACUAAACCAAGAACAAAACUUGCACUAGACCAAAGACUAAACCAGGACUAAACCCGGACUAAACCAGGACUAAACCAGGAUUUAACCAGGACUAAACCAGGACUAAACCAGGUCCACACCAGAUUAAACUCAAACCAGGACAAGUAUGAACUACAUCUGAAACUUGAUUAAACCUGCACCAAACACAGGCCUAACCAG